GGAAGGGGGGCAAAAACGAAACUGAGGGGGUUUUCGGAAGAAACAAGGCGGUCCUUGCAGAGGCCGCCAUGACACUCUUCAAAGCGGACCAAGUCACCGGCGAUAAUUCUAAAACGGCUGUGUUUUCGUUAUGUUUACCACCGUGUUUGAAGACAAAAUUCUGAACAAAGAUUCACCAUGUUUAGUGGUAUUUUUCUUUUGUUGAUCCUGCUGUAUUGGACGCCUGAAGGAGACUGCAAAAUAGAACUAACAUUGGAAGGGAGAGAGAGUGGCUUCUUUCUUAGAAAUCUCCAGGCCGAAGCUUUAAACAACCCUGAAGACGAGGAAGAAGUUCGCCGAUUUACUCUUCUUCAAUCCAACUUGCCUACAACAUUACGAGCACAGUAUGGACCAUUUGUCUCGAAGCAGGUUGUCCAUCCGGCAUCGCUCCAUCCAAAAAACAAUGAUUCUGGUGAUGCCAGAAUCGAAUCCAUGCUGGAAUAUUCCGGUGACAUAACAGCUCGUCUAGUAACUCGUGAGGUUAGGCGUGAUAGACCCGUCCUCCGAGUGCUCUUCCACAGUGCAACAGCUUCAGAUCCAAAGCGAAGAUCAGGUGGAUCGGAUAGUGCGAAUGAAAAUAGAAAACUGUCAUCAAAUGAUGGUAUUUGUGUUGUCUUGUAUGUCCACAAUCGCGAACAGCAUCUAAUGGCCGCUUGCAGUCCGGCUGACAGCCGAGAUGGCGUUUGCCUGGCUCAAGCCACAUUGCCAGUUUCGUGGUGGCCUCCCCUCGAGUCACCUGCCUGGAAGAGUCCAAAGACCCAAAGGACUUGGGUUCGAGUUGAGUAUGCUGUUCUUCGAAGUGGCUCAUUUGAGUGCUCUGAUGCUGCUGCCUUACCCGUGUCAGUACCCGCUGGAUUACCUAGUGUAUAUUUAGAUGAUGUUCCUCUUUCCAGCAGUCAUGGGAGCUAUGAGGAGGUGAAAAGUGAUGAUGUUGUUCGAAUUCUAGUCCCUCAAGGACCUGUUUAUCCUAAAUCAAAGGUUUAUGUCCCUGUUUAUCUUCAACCAAAUCCAAUUUAUCCUCCGUAUGUCUUCGUAAUAAGAGCCAAAGUUAAAAAUGGACUUCGAAUCCUCGGUGCUCAAGUCUCGCCUCCUUCUCAAUGGAGCAUAACAGUGGAACUGAACCCAAGACAAACAAUUGCUACCGUCACAGCCUUUGUCAAGGACACUACCACCAAAGCACCGCAGGAAGAGUCAGCAGACUUAGGCGUCCAAGAGGUCUUCACUUGGUUGUUCGAAGUUGAGGAAGGUGCCGGUUACAACGACAAUGGUCGGAUCACUUGGCAACUGCGGUACAUGCUGGACUCAAGUAUGGCUGAGCAAUACGACUUCGACGAUGACAAUGCCAAGAUAACUUCUCGCCUAGACAUCCAUAAAGAUGAUGUACAAGCAGUUUUACCUAUCGCUAAGUCGAAUCAACUUCUGAAUAGUGCUGUAUUGAAUGGAAGACAAGUGUCUCAGCCAAUGAAAGUAUUUGUUGUGAGCCAAGCUGGCAAAGUUGGAGAUGUUACUCUUCAGUCAUCCUGUCAUGCUUCUGAUGAGUCCAUCUUGAAAGUGUCUCCAUCUUGUACUUCUGUGUAUCUGGAUGGCUCAGAGAUCCGUGGUUCACAAAAUGCCUCUAUUCUUGUCAAGUACGGCUCCUACACAGGACAGGCUCACUUCCUGGUAUGGAUGCCGGAACUGCCACUGACCAUUAGGAUAUCGGAUACAAAACUCAGUCAGAUCAAAGGAUGGAGAACGCCUCACUUGCAAAGAGGAAAACCGAUGUCGUCCUUUGGGUCUAGCCGGACAGUAAACCAUAAAUCAAACUUCGCUACGUCUUCAGCAACUCGAAGUGACCGGUGGCUUGACAGAGAGGAUUUUGACAUUAUCUGCAGACUUCGGUAUCAGCAGGGACAUAUUGAUGUGUAUACCAGGUUCUUCAGCGUAGACCACAAUUCUGGACGAGAAUCUUAUCUUCUUAGCAGAAAAACAGAACUGAGAAUUACAGACUUGGUGUCACCCUUCUUGAGGGUGGCUGAUAUGCGUAUAGCGACUCUACAAGGAACAGUGGUUAGGGGAAUGCAAAGUGGCAGGACUGAAGUUCAGGUACUUUCACCCAUAACCGGAAGAGUUAGUGGAGCAAAAGAAGUGCGAGUUGGAACUGAUAAGGAAACAAUAACUCAUCUAGAAGUUACAGUCGUUGCUGGUCUUCAACUCACCGUAACCCCUGAUGAAACGCUACCAGGAGUUUUCAUCAGCCAGACCAGUAUUCAUCAUAAGCUGACAUCACAAUAUCAGGAGGGGCUCCUGAAUAUAAAAGUGCACUUUUCUGAUGGCACCUCAGCCUUACUAGAAGAUGUCACAGAUACUGACUAUCAUCUUUCCGUUGAUACAUUUGACAGUGGUGUUGUGGCAUUCGCACCGAUGGCUGGUCUCCAUCAUCCCCGUGUCAUUGCUAUCGGGAAAGGAAAGGGAGACCUACUACAUGUCACAUUAGAAUUGGCUGAAAGAUGUCAAAAGCGACGUAGCCAACCUCUAGCCAUGGCGUAUGCCUACAUAGAUGUAGAUUUUUCACCAAAUAGCAAAGCAAUCAUGAACGACGUUCGAGUGAAAUCGCCAAAGAACGCGGAUGGCGGACGAAAAAGACCAGAUCACGUAGAUCCAUUUUCACCAUCCCAUGAAGAAGAUAACGAGAAAUAUCUGAAUUCCAACGACGCUAGCUCCAUUUUAUACCAAGACGCUGUUAGUCAUAGAGGUAAAUCAUACCACGAACCAGCUGUGCAGGCUCGUCAGAAUCUCGUUCAUCCCUCGGAUCUCACACCACUCGAAAUUGGAAUGUAUGCUUUGCUCGGGGUGUUUUGUUUGGCUAUUUUCGUUUUUCUAGUCUCGUGUUCUGUCUUUGCUGUACGAUAUAGACGCAAACAGGUACCACCAGUUACAGAGACUAGUGAUACCGUAGCCCAUGCCCAUGAUUGGGUAUGGCUGGGCAGAGCCACGCUUGAAAGGAAUUCCGUGAACACUCGCUGUUCGCAGACUCUUAUCCCGAUGGCCGACUUCAACGGCAACCACCAAUCAGAUGGAGUAGAUUCUUCUACCUUGAAAGUUCAGAGACGGGAGAAGAAUAAUGGAACGCGUGCUAUUGGAAGUGGCUGUCGGAGCAGCAAUGUCUCCUUUCCGGGUUCUGAAAUAAGCAUUCGAAUAACCACCAAUCCCCAGGAAUUAAGAGAAGAAGAAAUAGCAAUGCUUGAAAAGAGCACUUCAACGUGCCCGCAGAAUAACAUCAAACCGGUACCCAUCGUUAGUUCUGGAAGCGCAACUGUUUCCAGGGAAAAAAGGGUUAGGAUUGUCACCAAUCCAGUGCCUCCUCCUAUACCCCCUGGAAAUGCACUAAAAUUAUUUCCUCCUCAUCCUCCCCCACCAGUUCCCCCUCAUCGUAAUUUACCCCCUUUAUCUGCCCACCAAAGAUAUUUAAGAGAUUUCCAGCUCGGAAAAUUCCGGGUGCCGGGUUCCGACGCGGAAUGGGAAACAGUCGCACAGGGAAUGAAUUACGAUCAACUAAUUGAGUAUUUUGAAAAUUUAAAAGAGUCCAAUGCCUGAAAAGCUGUUAAGUAGGGUUUAUGCCAUUUCAACAUCGCGUUGUACAAGAAAUGUCACAAUAACUGCCCGAGGCAGAUACUUGAGGUGAAGACAUCGCUUAUUUAGCAAGAUUAUCCUUGCAGUCAUUCUAGUCCUUACUUAACUUUUUUGUGUUUUAUCGCCUGAAAGGAUGUGUCCAGAAAAAACCCUUGACGUACCAAACAAGCACAUAGCUCUAAGUUGUGAAACUCUGUAUUCAUAAGCAUGUGAAAAAGUUUAUUUAAAAGUAGUGUCUAGUCUGUAUCUUAAUUCUGAAAACAAUUGCCUAAGUGUUUUAAUGAUUCACAGGGUGACAAAAAAUAACAUGAACAUCCAAUAUAUAUAGUGUUCCUAUAUUAAGAACAAAAACCGAGCAUACUCGUUGAUAUGUGAGUCUUAUAUAGCAGUGAUAAAUUGUGAACGGCCUGCUGCUUUGUGUUUAAUUGCUAACAGUUAACUUUUAUUAGAUUAUACUUUUAAAGUUAAUGUCAAUGUUCUCAAAUGUUACCUUAAUAUUAAACAUACCAUUGCCAGUUGAAUGAUGGAUUUUUUUAUGGAAUAAAAAGAAAAGGCUACAUUUUGUGUCAAAAAUAAUUACUGGCUAGGAAGGUUCCAGCAGUAAUGCAGAGUCUCAUCACAAGGAAAGUUUAAUAUAGGUAGAGCAAGCAUACUGGGACACUAUCAAAAAAAAAUAUCCACAAAUCUUAAGGCUAACUAUUUUGAUCACUAGUUCCUUUUAAAAGGCUUUUUAAUCGAAAGAAUUUACUAAUUUAUUUAAUGCUAAGAUCGUACUGCGUUAAUAAAAUUUAUUCAAUGAUCUUUUGCAUAAAAGUGUUUUUGUAUAAAAUUAUAUAAAAUUCUUUUGUAAAAAAGUUUUAAUAAAGUUAUGCGUUUAUCUUAUCAAAUACAUUUGUUAUGCAGGGUGAGGCAGAAAAACUGUGCGAACAAUUUUUAAAUAGCUUUAUUAAAGAUAAAUAAUUCAGUAAUAUAUAACAAAUAAUAAUAAAAGCCGACUUUUACUAAUAAUUAAAUUUAAUUGGUUUCAAUGUGACCGCCUUUUGCAGAGGUGCAAACCCUUAGUAAAAUUUUCAGCAAUGGGCUUUAUCCCACUUUUGGCGAAGCGAUUGUUUUAGAGAAUCUUAACUUUUGUGUGCAAUUUUGUGUACAGAGCGACUGAAUGAUUUCACUCUGUCGUUUUCCUUGCUUAAACAAUUCCAUAAUUGCAGAUCUUUUACUUGGCAUUUUAAAAUAAAUAAAAACUAAGAAUAUGUUAUGAAAUAUUUUAUAAUUAAAGUUGUAGACAAAUCGAUAUGAACACACAAAUUUAAAAAAAAAAUUAACUUCUAUCCUAUGUUACAAUAACUGGAGUCCAAGUUUUUUUGCUGCAUCCUGUAUACAACGAUAAACUCAAAGUUUCUCUCUAUAAAUAAUCGCAUUAAAGUAUGUUUAGUUACUUCUUCGAAACAGAGGGGGAAAAUUUACUUAAGCAAUUAAGUUCCAAAAUUUCUAGAACUAGCGAAACAAAAUUCUAUUUCUUUGUUCCAAAGCUUUGAGUUUUUUGCACGCUGUUCGAUUGAAUGUAUUCGAAGAAAAAGUUGCAUUCGGUUUUAAGAUGCAUUAUCGAAUAAUUUAGGAUGCAUUGCGUCUGCUAUUUAAGAUGCUUUCAAUAAAUGUCAUAAGAGCUUUCUUUCUCAAUGUUAACAUAUUUUAUGCAAAACAAAAUACGUAUUCUUGGCGAAUAUUAUUUAAAUUAAGAAAACUAAAGAAUGUUUAUGUAUGGACACAGAUUCUUACUUAAGAUUAAAAAAAAAAUUUCACUGUGCAUAUACUGUAUUAAGAUUUCCAAGUUAUUUAAAGUCACCCUGUGUGUAGACAUAGUUUGUUGAAUUUUUUAUAUUUCUUUUUUUUAUUAUUUUGUUGUUGUUUUUUUAUGUGGUGCAGAAAAAAAUGCAACUUGUUAUGUCAGAUACUGAUUAUAUCGUAUUUUGAAUUAGGAGUACCAUAUUGUGUUGAGUUGUAAAGAGUAAUAUCUUUAUACCCAUCAAGAAUAAUUGCUUCAACUCUUAAAUGUUUCAUAAAAUCAUUUCAUAAACUAUAGUGAUUUGUUAAAGAAGAGUAAAUUGUUUAUAACAUCAGAGUGAGUUGUACUGUCAGACAUAUUAUACUGUUUCUGUUGCAUUUUUUUCAUCAUUAUAUUUUAGUUCAUAUCAUAAAUUAACUAACUCAGGUUUUGCAGCGUCAUGUUAGACAUUUUUAUCGGGUUUAGUUUUAUUUAAUUUUUAAUAGAGUUUGCUUUUUAAGAAGCCCUUAAUAACAACAACAAAAAUUAACAUACAUCGAUAAUUAUUUUAAUAUUGGGUCAUUGCAAAUUAAAUGUCCGACUAUACGUUAAAUUUAAAACAUAAUCUUAAUGUUUUCAGAAUUCCCAUCGCAAAAUACCUAAAAGUCAAUUUCAUUGAUAUAAAUGCAAAUUUUGCUUAAGCUUCUGUCUAGAAUAUAUAGGUUUUAUAAAAUAGAAAGUGAACAAGUGAGAUCGUGAGAAAUAGAGUAUGUUCCGCAGAAUGCGUAUAACUUAUUUACUAGUUCACAUGAGAGUAUUCAAAAUGAAUGUAAAGUCAGGCGAAGGGUGCGAAGCAGAACAACGGAAAGUAAUAAGAUUUUCAGUGGCAGGAGUUGAUUCCGCCAUGCAGUUCAAGUGAUAAAAACAAUUGCAUUUUACUAAAUAAAAAUGCAAAAAUAAGAAAAUCAUCCGAAAUAGUGAAACCAGCAUCAAUAAACAGAUUAAGAUAUUUAUAUACAAAUUACUUAGAUAUAUAUUUUUUUUUUAAUAUCAUGGACAUUUUAAUUGUAAUGAACCGAUAUUAAUUGCAAAAAUUCUAAAACGUUUGAUGUUUUAAAACGUUUUAGAAAAUGUUUAGUGUAUAUUAACAGUUUACCAAUUUAUGAAAAUUUUAAACUUCAUAGUAAUAUUAGUUACAAAUCUUUCUUCUGUUAUAGAUACGUUUUUAUCACAGAACUUAAUUUUUACUUGCAAAAGCAAUUACUGUUUUUUAAAAUAUAUCCUAUUUUUUUUCCAUCGUGAACUUGUGAAAUUGCUUGUGCUUCUUGUAAAAAUAUAGUCACUGUUGCUGAAGCAGUUCAUUUUGAAAUCCUAUUAGUGUUGUUGCCAAAUGUGUUUAGAACAAUUUGCAAUAUGAUGGCACGAACCAAGAUGUUGAUGAAUUGAAAAUUUAAAAUUAAUUGAAAUGAGAUCUGUGUAUCAAAACAAAUAAAACUCAUUACUAUCUUAAUAAAUAGGAAAUAUAUCAUUCCUUCUUACUUGAAAAUGGCGAAAUCCACUAAGUCUGUUAAUAAUUUCUAUCUCUAAUAAGUUUAUCAAUAAUUAUUUAGUGGAUUUUAUGGCAAUUAUUGUAUAAGAAUGUUUUCGAGGUUUUAUUACAUAUUCUUUAAAGCCUCUAUUUUUUGUAAAAAAUUAAAAGCUGUAAAUUAAAUAUAUUUAAAAAAACAUUAAAGAAUAGAAAAUCCUAAAACCUAUAAAAAAAAUAAUAACUGCUACCUUUAAAUAAAUAAUUCCAAGCAACUAAAGUGGUAAGAUAUACUUCAUAAAAAAACUUUAUUGGCUUCAAAAAACACACCGAGGUGGGUCUUUUUUCCCCCCAAAAAUGGCCGAGAGAGGCAAUUUAUCAGUUGCUUUGGCUCAUCUUGAUGCUCUGAACUCGUGUUUCAUUCAUAUGAAUGCCGAUUCCUUUGUUUACGACAUGACUUCACCACGACCUCUCCACAGCUCUAGGAAAUGCAUUUUGCCCCUUUAAAGCCACGGCGGUUUUUUUUUCUUUUUUUUCUUUGACAAUUCUACAUUUUAUAUUUCAAAUAGCUUUCGUUUUUCCUCAGUCGCAUCUAGCAAGUCUUGAGAAUGGGCGUCUG